GGCUCUCGGUUUUGAUUGCAGUUCCAGGAGGCAAGAGCCAAGAGGCAGGAGUCAGAGGCAUUGCACAAGUAACUGCUGCUCCCUUGCACACACAUGCUUCAUCUCCCCUCAUUUUUUCCAUUGCUUUGGCCUUAGGGUUUAGAUUCCUCUCUGUCUCUUUCACUUCAAUUCUCUCGACUUUUUAGAAUUCAGUUUUCUCCAUUGCAGUUGCCUACCCAAUCAAAACUUCUCAGCUUUAACUCCUUUCUUUUGUAAGGCCAGCAACCUCUGUUUCACUUCAUUCAACCUUCAAGUGUAUCGGAGAGAAGAGGAGCUUCUCUCGCUCUUCCCAUCCAUCAAUGGUGUUUCGUUCAGUCCCCGAAACCCAAACCUCGGCUCAUACAGACGCUGCUGAAUUCACAGCCAUGGCUUCUUCAACUCUUAAGUCUCACCAGCCUCUUCAUAACUUCCCUUUACAGGAUCUCAAAUGGUCAAUGAACCACACCAAUAACUACCGCUUUCGUAAGCUCGCUGUUGAUUCCUCUCAUAAAUCCCCCCACCGUGACACCGCCAAUCCUGACGGGAAUCCGGUCUCUGACGGCGUAAAAACUGGGAACUCGGUUGCGUCUCCUGAUCAGAGGACCGAGAAAUCUGAGAGGAAAUCGGAAGUUUCGGAUACUGCGGUUGACAAUUCCGAUAAGAUAUCUAAGAUAUUUAUUCGCAUCAGGACUAAGAGCAGCAAGUGCGCUGACGAUUCUGCCGAUGCGGGGGAUCAGACCUCAGUUGCAGACGAUGCGGAGGAAACGAUAACGAAGACAUGGAAUCUGAGGCCGAGAAGAGCGGUGACCAAGGCUCCCAAUGGGAAUGGAGGUGUUCCAAAGAUUGCUGGAGCUGGAGCUGUCGAGCCGGAAACCAAAGCUAAGGAGCCAAUUCGCCCUGAAUUGACUAGGUCUCGGAAUGCCAACGAUGCUAAGGUGUCUGAGAAGAAAGAGAAAGAGAAGGACAAAAAGCUAAGGUUCUCGAUCCCGCUUACCAAAGAGGAAAUCGAAGAGGAUGUCUAUGCCUUGACUGGGUCAAAGCCUGCGAGAAGACCCAGGAAGAGAUCUAAGCAUGUGCAGAAACAACUUGAUUGCUUGUUUCCUGGAUUGUGGUUGGCUUCGAUCACGCCCGAUGCAUAUAAAGUUUCUGAUACUCCUCUGAAGGGUUAGAUGAUUUCGACAUAUAAACUGGGAACUUGAAGGUGAAUGACUUCCCAACUUGUUCACAUCAGCUUAUAGAGUAAAACAUUGUGAGCGUAUGAAGAUAAAAGGGUAACAAAUGUCCCUUGUUUCUGCGCCUUCUCUCUGUACAGCAAGGAGCUCACUGCAAGUUUGAAAUAGUCAUGUUUUUAAGUAGCUCAUCUUGUAUCAUAGUUUGUACAUAAGGACUAUCAAUCUAAAAGGUAGAAAUUUUAAUAUCAGUGUUUAUAUUAUCAGUUAAUGAAAUCAAACGCUCUUUUAGACU